AUGGUGCGCACACUCGCGCUCGGUGCAGCUGCCGCAGCGGCAUUUGCUGCGGCUCCUCUCUUCACUUCUCCGCUUCCGGUGCACAGCGAGGCCCUGCGGCGCUUGGACAGCAGGCCAGCUGCAAAUCUGCGCCGAGGGCGUAUCCAACUCAUCCAGCGGAGCGCGGGUGGCGUCCGAACGGCACCGGCCGUCAAAGGAAAGCGCUUUGCCUGCAAAGAGAGCCUACCUACGGACCUGCGGCUCCAAUGA